AUGUCCGACGUGUCUGAAGCUCGGUGUCAAAGGCAGUUACUUCUGCUCUCAAGAGUGCUUCAAAAAGAACUGGCUACCGGACUUUACAACCCCUUUCCGACAUACCCAUUCACUGGCUCGGUCAGACCCGUAUACCCACUCUCCCCGCGACGAUCCGUCCCAAAAUCCAUCAAGCGUCCCGACUGGGCCGAGACUGGCAUCCCAAGGCGUGAGAUGCGCUUGAGCAGGUCAAAAUGGGACCUCUUGGAUGCAAAGGGUCAGCAGGCCAUGCGCAAGGUGUGCAGGUUGGCUCGCGAAGUCCUCGACAUCACGGCCGCGGCGGUGAAGCCCGGCGUGACCACCGAUUAUCUCGAUGAAAUCUGCCAUAAUGCUUGUAUCGAGCGAGAUUCAUAUCCUUCUCCACUUAACUACAACCACUUUCCCAAGUCGAUAUGUACUUCUCCGAAUGAGGUUGUAUGCCACGGCAUUCCUGAUCAGCGAGUGCUUCUUGAUGGCGACAUUCUCAACCUCGACGUUUCACUGUACCACGGUGGAUAUCAUGCCGACUUGAACGAGACCUACUAUGUUGGUGACAAGGCCAAAGCGGAUCCUGACUCGGUUAGACUCGUUGAAACGACGCGAGAGGCCUUGGACAUGGCCAUUGAGAUCGUCAAACCAGGUGUCCCGAUUCGAGAGUUUGGCAAGAUCAUUGAGAAACACGCAACUUCGAGAGGCCUUGUCGUCAUUAAGACUUGGGGCGGCCACGGUAUCAACUCGGAAUUCCACCCUCCUCCUUGGAUCCCCCACUACGCAAAGAACAAGGCUGUGGGAACAUGCAAACCUGGGAUGACCUUCACCAUUGAACCGAUCCUCGCGUUGGGUGGCAACCGAGAAAAGUAUUGGCCAGAUGACUGGACAAACGUUACGGUGGAUGGCAAGCGGACAGCACAAUUCGAACAUACCCUACUUGUUACGGAGACAGGCGUCGAGGUUUUGACGGCGAGACUGGAGAACUCUCCAGGGGGGCCAAUCCCCAUACCGGAGGUUGCCAACGGAAAGGCCAACGGAGAUGCAAAUGGAGAUGCAAAUGGAGAUGCAAAUGGAGAUGCAAAUGGAGAUGCAAAUGGAGAUGCAAAUGGAGAAGUAAAAAAUUAA